AGACACCAUGUAUAUGCGCAGUACUUUCUGUAUCUCUUCAAGUAUAUCUGAAUAUCGCCUUACAGGAGUAUUGUAGGUACAUACAUCAGAGAUGCCUAAUCGUGUAUCGAUUUGCUUUUAAACAUUAACAAUGAUGUAUGCACCUCCCUGUAAUCAUGGGUAAUUACAAUAGGACAAACCUGUUACAUCCGAGUAACAUACAAUCGAAUGCAACUACUAGAUAAUAGAUCAUAUUAUUACAGACCAACGCAAUAUUGGUCUGUAAUCAUUAAGAUUUCUUAAUUAAAACGUUGCAACUCUAUAAUGUAAUGGAGAUAAGGGAACAGGUACUAUCCUUGAUAUUACUUGGUCUGUUACUCCGUUGAUGCACUUUGAAGAUCGAAGGAUGGAUGAAGUUGCGGAAAGACGAACAAAAAUUAGACCUAAUAAACAUUUGGAAAAUAGCUUGUCGAUUAUUUAUUAUAUGGGCAUGUGGCCCUCGCAGUCGAGGUACAAACGCUUGUACAUGUUAUACACGGUUUUUAGUUUUACAUUUUUAUUGGGAAUUUUCCUUGCGAGUGAAAUCGCGUAUAUUAUCGUGAACCGAAGAAGCAUGGAUAAAAUAGUAGCUGGUGCUACUCUUCUCAUGACAAAUAUUACUCAUGCUUACAAGGUGAUAAUUAUUAUUUGCCGCCACAACCGUAUCAAAGAUCUAACAGAUAUAACGCGAAGUAAAAUAUUUAGUCAAGACAAUGAUAAAUACGAAGAAAUUGUAACGCAUUACACUUGGCAAGGAAUUUUUCAUCAUAUCGCUUAUCAGAGCUUCGGUUUAAUGGCAGUGAUUUCUUGGGGUGUUACCCCGGUUUUAAAUAUACUUACUCAAAGAUCUAAGGAACUGGCAAUGGAAGGAUGGUAUCCUUAUAAUACAACAUCUACACCAGCCUUUGAAAUUACUUCCUCGUAUCAAGCUGUAGCUAUCUUUCUUUGCUGCAUUAAUAACGUAGCAAUUGAUACUUUAAUAACAGGUUUAAUCACAGUUGCUUGUUGCCAAUUAGCAAUCUUAAGUUCUAAUAUUUCUUCAAUGUACUGUGUAGAAAAUACAAAAUCAUUUGUCAAAAAUGAUAAUAUCGAUCUCACAAUAUCUGCUCCAAAAACUUGUAAUAAAUUGUAUAAAGAUUUGAAGUUAUCCGUCGAGCAUAGUAACGUGAUAUUUGAUUUCUCGAAACAAAUCCAAAACAUAUUCGGUACUGUGAUAUUCCUUCAAUUUUUAGUCAAUUGUAUUAUUAUCUGUUUAAUAGCAUUUAAUAUAGCGCAGAUGAAUGAUUAUAUUCCAUAUGUUUUAUGUGGUAUGUUAAUGUACAUGUGUUGCAUGACAUACCAGAUCUUCAUAUAUUGCUGGCACGGAAAUGAACUUUAUCUUCAUAGUAUGAAUGUAACAUUAUCUGCUUAUUCAAAUAAUUGGUGGGACAACAGUAAGGAUUUUAAGCAAGCCAUAUGCAUCAUAAUGGUAAGAGUUCAACAGCCUCUUAUCCUAACUGCAGGCAAUAUCAUGGAACUCUCUUUACAAACUUUUGUUCGAAUUUUGCGAAUGUCCUAUUCCAUUUUUACUGUUUUACAAAGUUCUACAAAUAAUUGA